CACAAACUGUCAGUGGAACGAUCCAGAGCCAUAGAGAGAGACUCUGGAAAGAUCGAGACGGGACCAGAGGGGAGUCAGCAGAGUAUAAAAUAACUGGCGGUGAGGUUACCGGCAUCGAGACUACAAGAGCACCGACCAGAGGAACAACACGACGGAGGGAAACCUCUUCUGAUAUCUUCUCUUCAUAUUCUCAUCUUUUAAAGAGGGAAACCUAUUUGAAACAACCGAGAUGCCUGCAGCUAAAGGCGUAGCGAUCGGCAUUGACCUGGGCACCACCUACUCCUGUGUGGGCGUUUUCCAGCACGGAAAAGUAGAAAUCAUCGCCAACGACCAGGGCAACAGGACCACCCCCAGCUAUGUGGCGUUCACAGACACCGAGAGGCUCAUUGGCGACGCAGCCAAGAACCAGGUGGCUCUGAACCCCAGCAACACCGUGUUUGACGCCAAGAGACUGAUUGGAAGAAAGAUUGAUGAUCCAGUGGUGCAGACGGACAUGAAGCACUGGCCCUUCAAGGUGGUCGGACAUGGAGGGAAGCCCAAAAUUGAAGUGGAAUAUAAAGGGGAGAACAAAGCCUUCAACCCUGAGGAGAUUUCCUCCAUGGUGCUGGUGAAGAUGAAGGAGAUUGCAGAGGCCUACCUCGGCCAAAAGGUGUCAAACGCAGUCAUCACAGUCCCCGCGUACUUUAACGACUCCCAGAGACAGGCGACUAAAGACGCAGGUGUCAUCGCAGGACUGAAUGUCCUGAGGAUCAUCAACGAGCCGACGGCGCUCGCAGGCCAGCAUCGAGAUCGAUUCUCUGUGUGA